AUGGUCACAAAACUACUUAUCUAUCCCUUCAUCGCCAUCAGAUUGCAUCUAUCUUUUUGUAACAAUCACAUUUUAUUUCUAUCUAUCCACAUGGUCCUCAUUUCUGAAAAAAAAAUUUCUUUCUUUUUUCUUCUUCUUUCUUUUUUCUUCUUCUUUCUUUUUUCUUUCUUUUUUCUUUCUUUUUUCUUUUUUUUUCUUUUUUUCUUUCUUUUUUCUUUCUUUUUUCUUUCUUUUUUCUUUCUUUUUCUUUCUUUUUCUUUCUUUUUCUUUCUUUUUCUUUCUUUUUUCUUUCUUUUUCUUUCUUUUUUUUUCUUUUUUUUUCUUUUUCUUUUUUUUCUUUCUUUUUUUCUUUCUUUUCUUUCUUUUUCUUUUUUUUUUCUUUUUUUUUCUUUUUUUCUUUUUUUCUUUCUUUUUCUUUUUCUUUUUUCUUUCUUUUUUCUUUCUUUUUUCUUUCUUUUUCUUUUUUUUUUCUUUCUUUUUCUUUUCUUUUUUUUUUCUUUUUCUUUUUUUCUUUCUUUUUCUUUCUUUUUUCUUUCUUUUUUUUUCUUUUUCUUUCUUUUUUCUUUCUUUUUCUUUCUUUUUUCUUUCUUUUUUUCUUUCUUUCUUUUCUUUUUUUUCUUUCUUUUUUUUCUUUCUUUUUCUUUCUUUUUCUUUUUUUUUCUUUCUUUUUUCUUUCUUCACUAUUCAUUUCUGAUGUAUUUUAGAUUAAAUGUUCUUGUUGACACUGGAAGCAGCAACUUUGCCAUUGCUGCUGCUCCAAACAACCUCAUCACAGUCUACUUCCAUCGGAAACUGUCCUCAACUUAUGAGUCACAGGAUAUUACUGUUGAGGUGCCUUAUACACAAGGCAAGUGGAAAGGAAUUCUUGGAUCUGACAUGGUCACAUUGAAUGGUGCCAGCAACAUUACAGUCCGUGCCAACUUGGCUUGUAUCACAGAAUCUAGCAACUUCUUUAUUAAUGGCUCUAACUGGCAGGGAAUUUUGGGACUUGCAUAUGCAGAUAUUGCAAGACCAGACAGUUCUGUGCAGCCUUAUUUUGAUACAGUGGUACAAGACACUGGAAUACCAAAUAUGUUUUCUAUGCAACUUUGUGGCACCAAUUCUCUAUCUGCACCAGAAGAUAAUUUUGAGACUGGUGGAACACUGGUUCUUGGCAAUAUUGAUGAAACUAUGUAUCAAGAACCUAUCUAUUAUACGCCUAUCCAAAGGACAAGUUACUAUGAAGUCCUUAUCACAGAUAUACAGAUCAAUGGAACCAGUCUAGGUUUGGAUUGUAAAGAGUAUAAUUUUGACAAAACUAUUGUAGACAGUGGGACCACAAAUUUACGUUUGCCUUACACCGUGUUUCAGGCUGUUGUGGACAAGUUGAAACAGGCUGUUUGGGUGGUAAAUCAGCGCCCACCCAAUAUGUUCUGGAAAGGGGAAGAUAUGCUCUGCCGGAAGAAUUCUGAUGUUCCAUUCAAUAGCUUCCCAACUAUUACAAUUGCUAUGGCUACUGGCAACAAUUCAGAAUUUCAUUUGGUUAUUCCCCCUCAUCAAUAUUUGCGAGCUGUAGGGGAUGCCUCCACCUCCACAAAUAAUGGAGACUGUUUCAAGUUUGCCAUUGCAGGAUCUGAUUCAGGUACAGUUAUAGGUGCAGUUAUUAUGGAAGGCUAUUACAUCAUAUUUGAUAGAGCCAACAAAUCAAUUGGCUUUGCUGAAACAACAUGCCAGGUACAAAAUAGCCAAACUAUAAAAUCUAAAAUUCAAGGCCCAUUUGUAAGUAAAGUGAAUACAAGUACAUGUUUAUUCAAAACAAUGGAACCAAAUGAUACAAGUCUGCUGAAUGUGGCUUACAUUUUGGCUGGGAUUUGUGGUCUGUGUGCCAUCCCACUUAUUGCUGACCAGGAACUUGAAUUGCUAACUCCGUAUGGACAGGCAGAGAAGGAUAAAGGGAUUCAGAUUCAAGAAAUGAGUAUUGUAAACACUUUUACAGUUCACUUGGAUGUACCAUUUAAAUUCACAGGAAGAAUAUAUGACACAAUUAAUCUCACAAAGAAUGGUGUGAUUACACUGGGAGGUGUUCAUCCUGAGGAUCCACAAAAAGCUUCUUGGGAGAACAUUCCACAAGCCUUACCACUUACCACUGCUUACCCAUUAAUUGCAGCGUACUGGACAAAUCCGCAAAUCACGGAGCAUGGUGAUCUAUGGUUCCAGCAGACAAUGGACAAAAAAAAGCUAGAAGGUAUAAAACGUAAAGUGCAGUGUCUCUAUCCACAAAACAAGGAUCUUGUUGCUAAAUGGGCCUUCAUAGCAACUUGGGAGAAUAUUACUUCAAGUACAGAUUUACUGACGGUCACAAACACUUUCCAGAUAGUUCUGGUGAACAUUGAGGAUUACUCAUAUGUCCUGUUUCAAUAUGGCAAUUUGACUUGGACCUCUUGGAAGAUGCCUGACAAUAAAACAGAUGAAAAUAAGAUCCAAUCAGCAGUGGCUGGUUACAAUGGAGGAGAUGGUAUCAGCUAUUCUAUGUUGCCUGGAUCUACAUCAAAAGAAAUUUCGAAAAUCCAGUAUGAGUCAAAUGUUAAUGUUUCUGGUUUGUGGAUAUUUCGAAUUGAUCAAUCUCAGGAACCCUGUGUUCACAAAGGCCUGGCAGUAAUGCUUCUGUUGGUUGUCCUCUUGUCCCUUCUAGCAGGAAUUACACUUGGUCUUCUGCUGGCCUGGUGCUUUUGGAAAUGGAAACACAAGCUGAAUGAUUAUGAGGACCUUGAUUCUGAGACCUCAAACUCCAAAAGACGAAAAUCUGGAAGCCCAGAAUCAAGUGAAAACCUCUUCAUUUUGCCAAAGGAAGUGUCAUCUGUAACCAUGACACAGAUGUACACCUCUCAUGCUGAAGUGGAUCCACAAAAUGAACCUCAGGAAGUUCCACGUCGAAAGAUAACGGUCAUAAAGAAACAUUAA